GAUGGGUUCGUAUAUUUUAUGAUAGAGAUUAAAAUCAUAAUAUACGCGAAUACUAAUUCUAAUAUUUCAGCUGUUAAUAAAAAGAUCACGGCCUUUUAUAUUGUGCACGCGAGAAAACAUCAGAUGGCAGCAAAAAUCGAUUUGCCGAAUCCCGUUAAAAGAGUCGCUCCAAAUCGAACCGAUUCAUUAAUGAAUCAUCCAGCGCCUGGAUUUAUGAGCUUUCAGUUUACCUCUCGGUGAAUUUCACACCUUUCUAUUCCGCAAUGUCUCUCCAAACCAAAGCGCUGGUUACAGCCAAGUGGUUGUCCCAGGCCAUCAAAACGCGCACGGGGGCUAAUGUGCGUGUCCUGGACGCGUCUUGGUACUUACCGAAACUUAAGCGCAACUCCGUGAGCGACUUCAAGAAGCACCACAUACCCGGUGCUGCAUAUUUCGACCUGGACCGCUGCAGCGACCGGACCUCGCCCCUGGAUCACAUGCUCCCUCCGGCAGGCGACUUUGCGGAGUACGUCUCGCGCCUUGGGGUUUCCAACAACGCGCACGUGGUGGUUUACGAUGCGAGCGAGCAGGGCGCGUUUUCUGCCCCGCGCGUCUGGUGGAUGUUCCGCGUGUUCGGUCACCGCACUGUGUCCGUGCUGGAUGGAGGUUUGAAACAAUGGAUGCAGGAAGGAUACCCGGUGACGGAGGUGCGCGAGAAGCCGGAGCCCACGGAUUACCGGGCCACGCUUAACCGGUCGUGGGUGAAAACGUACGAGGACAUGUUGGACAAUAUCGAGACGAAAGAGUUCCAGGUGGUGGACGCGCGACCAGCGGGGCGAUUUAGGGGAAGAGACCCUGAGCCUAGAGACAACACUGAACCCGGCCACAUCCCCGGUUCCAUCAACAUACCUUUUAUAUCUUUCUUGGCCCCCUCUGGCCAGUUUCUUCCUCCGGAGCAGCUGAAGGGACUGUUUCAGCGGGCCGGUGUUGAUCUGCAGCGUCCACUGUGUGUCACAUGUGGCUCAGCAGUGACAGCGUGUCAUGUCGCCCUGGCGGCACAUGUAUGUGGCCAGCCGAAUGUGAGCAUAUAUGAUGGCGGUUGGUCUGAGUUUUACACACGUGCGGCCCCCGAGGACGUCAUCUCAGAGGGAAGAGGAAAACACUGGUGACAAGCAGGAAAAAGAUGGCAGCACACAAAAAACUCAUUAACUCUCUCUUUUUUAACUUAAACUCAAAAUCAUUUUUUUCCUUAAGAGCUCUGAAACCUGAAACAACACUGAAGACCCAAUUCUUGACAUACCCACACCCGUUGGACCAAAAACAACAAUGUUCACGAGAUAGAAUGUUAACCUACGUAGUGUACUUGUUACCUAGCUAGCAUUACAAUGAGCUAGCAGUAUUUCCAGCAUUAUCUCUGGCAUGACUGAAGUAUCUUGUGUUUUAUCCUGUUUUUCUAAUAUGCCCUUGUUGACUUGUCUCACACAACUGCGCUACAUUUUACCUCAGAGGAGGAGAGUAUAAUCAAGUAAAAUUGAGUAAGACUCAAUUUUUCACAAACACUAUCCAUUGUUACUAAAAGCAACAAGAUUUUUUUUUCUUUCUAAGUGUGUAGGAUGCUAGUUUAGAUGGUAUACUGGCUAGCUAGCUAGUAUUACAAUGAACACUGCUCUAGAUUUACAGCAAUCUGUCCAGGAUUACAGAACUAUCAUAUGGGAAUUUACCCCCCGGGGGGGGUAUAACAGGAAGCUAAUAUUUGGCAAACAUUCACCAUUGUGACCAAAAACUUUCAUUUCUAGUUUUUCUAACUGGAUAAGAUGACUUAAACUAAGUAAUGUUCUGAAUAGUAACUGGUUAGCAUUAUGUUGAACUAGCAUUCCAAUUAGCUAGAUUUACAGUCAUUGUCUAGAUAAUGGUGAUUUUGUUUGGCACACACUCCCACUUAGGAGCAAAAGCAAUUUUUAUGCGAAACUGUAUGAUUUUUCUGUGAAUAAUGUCUUUUUUUAACUAGACAGGAUAGUAUACUAGAUCUAUUUGGAUGACUUAAUUAGCUAGCUGGCAUUACAAUGAACUAGCAUUCCAAUUAGCUAGCUUUUCAGUUGGCGAAGUAGGAGAAAGAACGAAAUGAACUAAAGAAGCUUGUAUAGGAGUAGCUGACUCCAUUAAGCCCAAUUCUAACACUGCAAUAUUUUCCUUUGAAUAUUAAGAAUAUAUAGCUACUGUUCUUGAAAAGGAAACCAGAUCACAAAACCUCCUGGGUAAAUUCUGCUCCUGAAAAAAAGGGGAAAGUGAGAGAAGGCUGUUAACGUGUAUUUACGACAGAAUUGUAGCAUAUCUAAAGGUCUGAUCAUGUAGCUGCCCCUUUUCCUGAAUGACCUUCAAACUGGAACUGAAGAAUCAGAGUUCAGUCUUACUUAAUCUCUCUCUCUCUCUCUCUCUCUCUCUCUCUCUAUUAUGCUGUGUGAUCAAAUCACUACUCUCCUUGUUCUUAAACAAUUAAGCUAACUAUACACUCUCAAGCUGCAUUAAUUGAGCAGUAUCAUAUGAUAUUUCCAAGUUGAAUACAAUCCAUUUCAAAGAAACCACUCUAGUGUUGUUCUUUAUACAGAGUAACUAAAGUAAAUUCAUUAACCCUGCAGAAUAAUUAAAGACGCCCUGUCUUAAUAAGAGAUUUAGCUUGUUACGUUAGAUUCUUUUGAGAUUUCUUCUUUUAUUUCACACUAACACCACCUAUUAGACUACUGCAAGCUUUUCUCUAUAAUGUUCCUAUUGAAAUUUCAAAGCCUAGCUUCCCAUUGUCUGUUGGUGUGACAUGAAAAUUCCUUAAAUGCCACAUGUUCUUACUGAGUGUGCAGGAUUCCCCGAUAGUGUGAGCGUGAUUACAGUGGGGGAUUAUCUAUGCUAAUAUGCUAUAAUAAUAAACUUAAAUUGACUGGCUUAAAGAGAUAUAAGAUACAGAAAUGGGUGCAACCUUCUACACACACACACACACACAUAAUGACACUGUUCACAUAUACCUGUAAAUUUUCUUGAUUUCUUUUUAAAUCAUUCAGUUUAUACUUAAAAGAAAACACCUUUGUUUAAUAAUGUAAUAUUUCAAACACCCAAUAUAUUUAUUAAUAAUAAUUCCACUUGCUCAUGAGCCCACACUAAACCACUAAAACAAGAGGUUUGCAAAAAACGUACCUGAUUUUAGAAAUGGCGGUUUUAGAAAUUUUUGAAAUGUGUCAGAUCUUAUCAGUGAACCAAGAGGCAUAAUGAGUUUUGCUCAGUAUCAACCAUAUAUACUGGAAAAAAGAGGAUUGCAACAUACCUUAAAUAUUUAAAUUAUUUUGCAAUUACUAUAUAUAUAUAUAAAACUAAUGAAUAAAAAUCCUCAAUGGAACAAUUAAGUAUUGUUUUUUAUUAUGUUAGGUCAGCUCUUAAUACCAUAUUUAGUGAUUUAGUAAUUAUCUUUUACAUGUUGCAGUGUUCUAUGUUGUAUUACACAAUUCAGUCAUAUGAAUUCAGUCAUAUUGUAUUAUAGAUUAAUAAAACACUAGAUUGUACAGUGCAGUACCCGGUUCCUCCAAAGAACAUUCACCAUAGUUUCAUAUAUGAAACCCAAACAUCCUACUAAAUUAGCCUAUGAACAUCUGUUCACUUUUACCCUCAUAAAAAGAUCUAUAAAUAUGUAAACUGGAAACACCCUAAUGAUUUAAUUUCAGGUCAUAACUUUCAUUUUUCACAUGUUGACACAAAUGGGGUUUCAGUAUUAGAGAGUCAACUUGCAGUGCAAUAUUCUCAGGCUCUUAUAUAAGACUGGUAAAACCUGCCAAAUAUGACAAAACAGUGAGAAAUCAGAAUUGUUUUUUUCGCUAACCACUAGCUGGGAGAGCUAGCUGGAAAGCUUAGCACACAGGUUCAGACGGGUUCAAAGAAUUGGAGCCUAUUGUAAGCUUAUACUUUAAGUGAAUUUUUAAUGGAAAAUGAAUGUGAUCAGAUCUGCGAGUGUCACAAGAUGG